AUGGAAACUUCUCUGCUUGACGAUUUUGGUCUGGUUAAUGGACAGCCCUUUCAUGAUGUCCACCGGGAACUCGGAUAUGGAUAUAGAGAAGCAGAAGAAGAGGAACAAGAACAAGAAGGAUAUAAUGAUGAUAUCUGCACUAUCGACAUCUUCGAUGACGAUUUUGAGGAUGAGUAUGAACGAGAGAUUCUUGACCUCAAACGUGAAUCGACCAUAGAACUGAACUCUGACGAAGCUAUGGACGUUGACCCGAACUCGUCAACUGUCAUCAAAAACGAGUAUAGUCGCCAUAGCAAUCAUUAUGGAGUCUCGGGUUCCGACUCUGGUCAUCCGUUGCGGGUUCUUCCUGUGACCGUUGACACCAUGGAGCAAAAGCGAAACCCCUUAGCCACCAGCGCCAUCGGUGUACAGGGUCAUUAUGUCAGUGAUGAAGGUUUCAUGGAAAUGGAUCUCGACUCUCUUUCCAAUCUUGAUGAGCUUCCGGGUUCUGGCACCAGUCAUCCGUCACAGGCUCCUCCUGUGUCCGUUGACACCAUGGCGCUAGAACCCGCGAACAUCGAUACUAUUGUUGAUUAUUCAAGAAUCAAGCUUGAAUCAGAUUAUGAUGAUGACGACGAAGAAGCCUACCGCGAGUGGCUUUUUCGAGGUCCUGGCAUGGGGCGAUCAUCGUGGUCGUCGCCAAUACGCCUAAUAACUGCAUUUGGAGAUAGGAUUCACGAAAUGGUAUCCAUUGUUCGGGGUCUUGAAAAGUUCGAAUCUGAAAGCCAGGUCGAGCGUUUCGUCAACACACCGGAAUUCUGUCCCCCGCAGUGCGGAUGGCUCUAUCCACUCGUUUCGCAGCUCAGGAAGUGCCGGAGUCAACCAGUAGUUCUUCUGGUUCUCCAGUGCCCAAAAAGAAACUGUCGUUUGAACCCUCAAGAACCUACAUCAUCUUGUUUCACAGAUGUCUUCAUUGCCGCCUUGACUGAUUAUUUCGCCUUGCAUGGUAUUCAUUGCAUCGCCAUGGACUUUCGCAAAGAAUGCCGACGUAGUGUUGGCGAUAAUAGAUGUCCAGCUUUGACAAGUGCCGAGUUCAACGUAUGCGGAUUGGCCACAAUGGGUGAAUUAUACAUCGCACAUAACGUCUAUGGCAUCCGAAUAUUGGCAACAGUGGCCAUUUCAGCCAAUGCUUGCAAUGGGAUCCGUUCACUUCAAAGAAUCGCAGGAAUUUCUCACCUCAUGGGCCAGGUUUACUACAUUCCUUGGCAUCCACGACUCAUCCCCUCAAUGACCAUGUCAAUGUCUCAUGAGACAUGCCGACCCAUCAUAAAGAACCUCAUAGAACGAAGCUAUAGACCCGUUAUCGGCGCCAUCUUGUCGCUGUUUCGCACAUCAGCAGCUCUUGAUAUUUAG